ACAAUCCAAUAUAAUUAUUAAUUGAUGUCGCUAUUCCUCUCCUAGAAAAUAAUCUCAAUUUUCGAUAUUUACCUUUUUGUAUUGUGAUCUUGUCACCUCUGGGUUUUGAUGGGGUAAAUUCGCUCGUCCAAUACCUCAUUACGAUAUCAACAAAACAGACAGACUAAAUUAUUCCCUCAACACUUCAGCUCGUUUAAAUGUAUUAUGAAUAAUUAUUCAACCAUUGUACUGUGAAAUUAUGGAUGAGUGGAGACAAUGUUUUGUAGAUUAAAUUGGCUAUUGGAUCGUGUCAAAAUAGCACUUGCGCAUGUCCUACGCUAUUUCUCUGGGACUUCCCUUGAAAAUCUCGAAUGAUGUUUCAAGGAUUCUGCAUGUGCAGUGCACGUCAUUCUUCGAAAUAGAUCGGUGAAAUUUGGGGGAGGUAAACAGCUGGGAAUGAAUGUUUCCUUUGGUAGUUUUGAAGAGCUCUGAUUGUACUUUUGAAUGUUUAAUCGACGGCUAUUCUAGAAAGCCAGUAUUCUAAUUUAAUUUAUUCAAUAAUGACCGAAAAAUUGAGGAAAUUGAACCGGAAAUUCUACAAUUUGUAAUGUUUUAGGAAAAUCGGAAAAAUUCCAUGUUCCUUCUUAGAAUGAAAAGAUUGGAUGGGCCCAUCAUGGAGACAAUAUUUGUCUUUUCCAAGAGGGUGGUCUAAGAAGGGAGUGCCAACAAACAUUUCUAUCGAUUGCUCUUGUUUAUCAUGUCAACUUGGAGUCCUUCCCUCAUCUUUCGCCCCUCGCAGACGUUUCCACUCCUCCAAAACGAAAAAAUAAUCCAAUUAGACCUCACGCAACCGAAAAACCACAUGACCGUCUGGGUCUCAAAUUCUCCCAAAGAUUAGUGGGAAUAAAAAAUCUAAAUACAAAUAAGAAUGAAUUUGGAUGUCUCAAUGCGAAUUACUCGUCUUGACCUUCGUACCAAUUCCUUUUUUUUCCCAACUGUGUAAAGUUCUUCUCGUCCUCUAUUUUCCCAUCCGUUGGUGGAAUCACGAUGUGAGAGACUCACAUUCGUGAAAGAGGAGUCACGCAAUCGGAGGGGAAGUGAGAGAAUUGGAGGCGUCGCGGCGCUUCCCCACGACACUAGCCAGUCUAUGCCAGUGCGUCCUCACGUCAGGGACCGUCUCGGGUCUCCCGUUCUCCAGCUGGAAAUUAACACACUCGAGACAUUUUUAUGUACAACUACAACUGGUUAAUUGCGUAAUUAAAACGUCAGUGACUCGAAUCGACUCAGACGGGUGUCUUUCCAUAGGAAAAUGAUCAAAGUGCAGUGGAAUAAUUGGGAAAAGUCUACGAAUUGAUUUUUGAGAAUUUGAAUAUUUAUUGAACAGUGAUAAAUCAGUUCAUGAUGAUUACGGUGCCGAUGGGCACUUCCAGCCCCUAUUUCACGGUGACAUCGUUCAGCGAUGCUAGUACACUCAGGAAAAGGCCACUGGUACACGAAUUAUUCAACGCCAUGAAGGAGCAAUCGUCCUUGUCCAGGGUCGACAGGGACAGGGACCUCCAGAGGUCCAAUAGCAGUGCCGCUGCUCUGACGACAAUCGGCGCUGACAUAUCCCCGAGCUCAUCCCACUUUUUCGAGGUACUUUAUGUCGGAAAAAUAAAGUUGUCUCAUCAGAAGGUCCCGGAGUCAUUCAUUGACGAUGCUCUUAUGAAGUUCAAGGCUUACGGUCUUGAGAAGUCUAAAUCAACAGCGAGUAAUCUGCUUGCUGAGUGUCAGCAAUUACGUAGGCAGGCUCAUCUAGCUGCCAGUAAUGAAAACCGGAGAGAUAGCGGGGAUUCCUCAACAAGUGACCUGGGCAGCAGUGACAACGUCUCAGGAGCCAGUAUAAUCUCCCCAACGAGUCCCCUGAGUGUAACAACGCUUGGUGGAUCUGUGGAGUCCCUGCCCGCGCCCCCCACCGAGAUCCAGGAAAGUCCUCAAGCAAAGAAAACUGUGAAUGCAACAAUGCAACCACCUGAGAUGAUGAGAAAUAGAGCAGCCUCGACAGGCAGUGUCCUAGGGCCUCGACGAGGCUCCGCAUCAAAGGGAAACGACGAUCACAAUCGUACAAUGUUAUUCCAGGUGGGUCGCAGUGAUCUCAGGCUCAUAAGCCCCGACAGAAAAGGCGUUCUGUUCCACAAACAGCUAAAAGACAUAGCAAGUUGCGUCCAAGGACUAAAGAACCCUGAGCACUUUGGUUUCAUCUGUCGUGAGGUAUCUGCCGAGUGUUUUAUCGCUUACAUCUUCAAAUGUCAAUCAGCAUCGGUCGCUGAUGAUCUCGUUGGUGCUAUAACGCAGGCAUUCAUAGCAACGUGCAAUGGUGCAAAAAAAGAACGUCACACAAUACUCCAGUGUGAGCACUGCCCUAUGGUGUGGUACAAUAAUCUGUGCCAAGCAAUCGAGGGUCAGGGAGACAGAAAGACCCAGAGUAUAAUAUUCACACGUAUGGAGCUCCUCCCUGAGGACGAGCAGGAAAUCGUUGUGACAAAAUACAAAGGCGCUGAGGCUGCUGGUGGCUCCGGUCGUGAAUUCAGUUUACGGGAACAAAAUCAAUUUUUGAUGAUGCUAUUACGUGCCCACUGCGAGUCCAAGCAGUCACGACACGUUCACGAUACAGCUGAGCAAAGAAGUGAAUUUUUAAAUCAAUAUCUGAGUGUUGGAGUGGGAAGUACAAUAUUUAUGAAGGCCAAGAGAUCGUUAACCAAUUCGUUCGAUCAUCUGAUGAAGCGAAAAGGCUCAAGAGAUGAUUUUGGAUUAAAUUCACACGUUAGAGAUAAUGCCUCUAGGAGUGAACGAGGUAGCCCUGUUGGAACGAUGCCUGGUAUGAUGGGUGAGGUAACACCAGAGUCCAAUCGUCCCAGAUCCCUCAGGGUCUCUCCCGAGCAGCAGUUGAUGGUUAACACAGGACCAAAGAGCCCCAUGAUGGAUAUAUUCCUGAAAGUGGGCAAUUCACCAAAGAUGUCGCCCACUGAGGCUGAAGACAACACACGAUUGCAGUCGAACAGCUCUUGGAGGCAAGCAAUACUCAAUCGAGUUGUCACACCUGGAAAGGAUCAGGAUGCCAGGGACGACAAAAAUACCAGGGAUAAAGUACAAGUGACGCCGAAGCGGUCUAAACAGGAGUUACGAGAACUGUGGAAAAAGGCGAUUAAUCAACAGGUAAUUUUGAUAAGAAUGGAGAAAGAAAAUACGAGACUCAGGGUGAGACAGGAGGAGGCGACUAUGAAGAGGAUAAAAUUGGAGUACGAUGAAUUGAGUAGUUGUGCCCGUGAAUUGUCAGAGGUGUGGGAUUUGUUGGUGAGCAAGGAGAGCAGGAUAUCAACAAAGUGUGACAAUCAGAUGCUUCUGCAGGCGAUUAAACAGGGAGUGCCCAGGGGCAAACGAGGGGAUGUCUGGCAUUUUCUUGCUGAACAAUUUUGCCUGAAAAUGCCACCUAUUGAUACUACAGAAUUUCCCAAUUAUAAUACGCCUUAUGAUUUACUACUGAAACAACUCACCAGUCAGCAGCACGCGAUAUUGAUUGAUUUGGGUCGUACAUUUCCGAAUCAUCCUUACUUCAGUUCACCCCUUGGUCCAGGUCAGCUGGCUCUGUUCAAUCUCUUGAAGGCUUACUCAUUACUGGACCAUGAGGUGGGCUAUUGCCAGGGCCUCAGUUUUGUAGCUGGUGUUCUUCUACUUCACAUGUCUGAAGACCAGGCCUUCUUCCUCCUCAGGCACCUCAUGUUUAGGAGAGGCCUUAGGAAACUUUACUUGCCAGAUAUGGCUGCCCUUCAGCUGCACCUCUAUCAACUGUCUAGACUGCUUCAUGACAGGUUACCCUCGAUUUACUGUCACUUCGAUAAACACGAAGUAUCGCCAACUCUCUAUGCAGCGCCCUGGCUACUCACACUCUUCGCCAGUCAAUUUCCCCUGGGCUUUGUCACCAGAGUUUUCGAUCUUCUGUUCCUAGAGAGCUCUGAAGUCAUAUUCAGAGUCGCUCUUGCACUGCUGGAGGAGCAUCAGGAGCAGCUGCUGAUGUGCGACAGCUUCGAGGAGAUCAUGGAGUAUCUCAAGGUGACAGUACCAGCUGUUGACAAAGCCAUCUUGGAUCGUGUAAUGAAGAGAGUCUUCUAUCCAGACCUGGAGAUCCCCAAGCAGUUGAAUGAGUACAGAGUUGAGUAUCAAGUCCUCCAGGAGGAGAUGUUGUCCGUCAAACCCCAGAUCGAGAACAUGGAGAAACUCGAGUUGUUGAAUAAACAACUCACACAGCAGAAUGCCCAUCUCACUUCACAACUGGAGAUUGCUGUGAGCAAUCUCCAACGUCUCGAGAGCACCAGAUCAUCUCAGCAGUUAUCUGUUCACAAGCUCGAAUCGCAAAAUCGAAGUUUAGAGGUGACAGUUGCAACUCUGGGGUCAUUCGUCCAACAAUUGGCUGAGACUAGGACUGAUAUUGAAAUUCCUGGUGAUGUCAGGAGGAUAAUAGCACAAUUCAGUGUUGCUGAGAAGCGUCGCAGUAAUAGCACCAAAUCAUUUCCUCUGAAAGUGAUUGAGGACAAUAAUAAUCGGUAUGAGCCCACUAAGAGCAACUCCACAGGACGAGAAACAAAAAUAUUCCUCAAGAGCAAUAUGGAGCCCCCUUAUCCACUCAAAUCAGCCCUCAGUCAACCGAAUCUUGGUACUAAGCUUGAAAAAAUGUCAUCUUUCUUUGCUAAUUCUCAUAAUCAUAUUAAACAGCAACGAGCCCAAAUGGCAGCUUUGAGAAAUGAAAGUAUUGGUGAACACACAUUGAAUAAUAAUGAUGAGAAUGAUCCCAAGACUGUUAACAUUGACAUACAAAUAACUGACACUGUUAAUACGACAACUGACAAUGUUAUACAGAGUGACAAUAAUUUGAAGAUUGAGACUGGUAGUUUGGAGAAAUCUAGUUCGUUGCCGUUGAAUGCGAAAAUGAAACUGAAACCUACCAAGUCUGCCUAUGAACUUGGAUCCGUCAAGAAAAUUCCCACUACCAAAUUGGACGACAGUAAUGACACUGUCUCCAGUCUUGGGACUGUUCAUCCACUCGAUUCUUGCAGCGAUGUUAAUUUCAAGUAUGGGGGAACUACAAAAUUAAAGUGCAUAAAGCCGGUGAGACUAUCGAGUCAGGGACAGAAUGAGAACCUCAGCAAGGAACUGCAGAGCCAAAAUCCAGAAAUUCUCACCAGAUAACACAUGGUACUUGUCACAAUUAAUGAGGAGUGAAUCGUUGGAUGAAGAUUUCACAAUUAGUGGAGUCACUGUGUCAAUUAUGAUAGGUCUGUCUUCUAGAUUUAUUUCUUUGUUCUUUUCUAUGGAUUGGAAGGGUUUUUGGGGGAGGGAUAAUCACGAAAUAAGUUUGGGGUUUCAAUUUCAAAAUUUUUCCGUCAAUAUUUCAGAGGAAAUACUGAACUUCAUGAGUGAUUAGCCUUCGUGUCCAUUUUUUUUAUCAGAAGACAGAAUCUUCAUUAUUUUCGUCCACACGCGUCCAUAUUAUCCUGUGCUAGUGAGAAUCAUCGAAUGAAUUACACGGUUAUAACAUUAAAAACAGUAUUUAAUUGGGUAGAAUCCGGUAUUAAGUUCUAGUGGUUUAAAAGCCAACGUGUACUUCAAUUAUUCUUCAUUGUUAAAGAUCACUUGAAUCAUUAGGUCGCACAAAAUGAAUUAACGGGUUUAUUUUUUAUCAGUCUUCUUCAUCAGUGAUGAAAUAUAAUAUAUCAAGUGUAGAAAUUUCUAAAUAUGAAGAGAAUAUCACGAUGUCUUGCCUAUAUAAUAGACUUAAUAGAAAGUCCUAUUGAUUAAUUGAAGGCAAACUAGUUAAACUUGGAUCCCUUAAUGCGGUGUGCCAAUUAAACAAUAUAUUGUAUAUUUACAAAGUUUAUGAAAAUAGUCUGUCAGGGAAGCAACAGCACGACUAUAGCAUCUGCGAAUGCUCUCUAAAAAAAAUUCUGAAAUCUAAAAUUGGGAGUAACUGUCAAUCGAAACCUUACACAUCUCUAAAUGACUGCCAAAUUAAAAUAACACCUGGAGCUAUUGAAAGAAAAAUAGGUUUAACAUUUAUUCAGUACUUAUUGUUGACUAACUUAAACACUGUAGUACAAAUCAUAUGAGAAUAAAAUAGAGUUCAGUAUUCGAUGAAUGUUUAACUGGAAAUUGCAUAAAAAUGAAAUAACGUUUGAUUGAAAAAAAAAUGGAUGGAAAAGGUCGAUGGUCAUGGAAGUGGAAUGGUCAUGGAAAGAGUAAAUACAACUUACGAAAAAAAUUAUCUAUAUUUUCUAGUACUUAGAUUUAUACCACUCUUGGUGAAAUAGCAGUCGUGUAUUUAUGAAUGGUAAUUAAUCCGAGAGGAUCAAUUGAUUUAGUGUUAAAGAAGAAUUUUAAUGGCAUAGUUGCCAGUGAUGAGCCACUAUCACAGCCCGUACUUGAUCAGUGUACAUAAAUUACAGAUUAAAAUAAAAAUAUAAGGAAUAGCCGUAGUACAGUAUAUGUGAUGAAAUUGUAUUGGAAAAAUUUUUCUCAUGAAAAUUUAGGGAGUGAGUAGGGCAUGCUGUAGAUGAAUGUUUCAUUCAACUCUUCGGUCGACCAUUGAUGAAAUAAUUAUUGAAUAUUCUCGAUUCACUUCCACAAAUGCUUCCUUAGGUACAUCAUCGUUGGUGAAGGAUAUGAAUGUCGUCUCGAAUAAGAAAAGACGUCAGAAAAAUAAAGAAUCCAGUCUUGUUCAUAGUGAUACUAGAGUAGUGAGCAAUUUCCAUUGAACUGGAAAUGGUGAUAAGAUGUGACGACGACGAUAAAUAUUUUCUCGUUCACAUUUAUUAAAAUCUUUCAUUUUUUAUGGAAAAUAUCAUUAAAAUGCCAGUAAAAUGUAUCGAUUUAUUUUAAGGUAAAUUGUGAGAUAAAAUGGAUAAUAUAUACCCCAUUUCGAUGCUUAAUGGAGAUCAGAAGAAUUACAUAUGUGAAUUGUCUUCAAUAAAUCAACAUCAAAUGUGAAUUUUAA